AUGGGAAUGGCGAUCGGUCAGACGAUGCCCAGCAGGCCCGACUGCCCGCACAGGCACCCCGCAGGUCGCGGGCCGCUGACCGACGGCGACUCCCUGCGGAGAUUGAAGAGGGGCAUGUGCCAUUUUGGGAAGGCGUGCAAGCGGCCAGUCUGCUGGUUCCAGCACCCCGAGGGCAGAACCAUCGAGCCUCCACCUCGCUGGACGUCCCCCCCGCAGCGCCCGCAGUCCAGGUCCCCGGGCCAGGCGAGGCACCGGUGCAGGUUCUCCGAUGGGUCGCCGCCGGCCCGCCGUGGCAGCCCCGGCUCGAGGUCUCCGCUGCCCCGCGCUGCUGCAGGGGCGCGCGUUCGGCAGUGCUUCAGGGGGGCGGACUGCAGCCGCUCGAAUUGCCCCUUCGACCACCCGACCGUGAGGCCGAUGUGGAACAGCCAGGCUGGCAAGGUGCUGGCCAAUUGCUUCACAGGUUACCGCUGCGUGCGCCCGAACUGCAAGUACCAGCACCCGGAGGGACGCGUGGGGCCGCAGCCGCCGCGGCAUUGGAAGUCGAAGACCGUCCAGGAGACGGGUAGCUUCGCGCGCGGAGCGCGUCGGUCUUCUUCGCGGCUUCCCAGGGGCCGCUCGCAGGACAAGUCCGAGAACGAGAAUGGUGGUGGAGAUGCUUCCGACGAUGACGUCGAGACCAGGAGCAGCAGCUCGGAGCGAAAAAAACGGUCCACGAGAGCCAAGAAGAAGGCAAAGAAGGCGGCCAAGAAGGUGAAGAAGGCCUCAAAAGAUGAGCCGAAGGGCCGCGGCCGAUCCGCCAGCGGCCGCUCCGACAGCGGCGCCGCCAAGCCUGCGCGCAACUCGGCCAGCCGCUCUGCGGGCCGUUCCGCCAGCAGCCGCUCGGCGAGCCGUGCCGCGGAAACCGCCCGCCGUGGGAGCAGCAGUUCCAAAGCCCCGGCCCGAGAGGCCAGCCCCGCCCAGUCGGAGCGGCCUGCGGACACGACUUUCCAGGCAUUUGUUCGCGACCACGUCGACGGCUCUGCCACAGCCGACGAGGCGCUCGCGAUGUGGAGUGACCACUCCGCCCGGCGCCGCUUCCAGCUCAUGAAGCAGGCCGCGCCAGGGCUCCUGUCCGACCUCUACCACCCGCACGCCGUGUUGCGGCGGCUGGACCUCCGGCUGGCGUUGGCCCGUCGCAGGGCCGUGAUUUUCCUCGGCGAGCUGCGCGGCGGCCUCUACGACGGCAUCUGCCUCCGCGCGUCCGCGCUCCAGGCGGAGGCAGCGCCCGCCCCAGGAGCCUCCGAGUGCGAGGUCCUCGGGCACCUGCAGCCUCCCGCGUUUGCCCUCGACCCGAGCGCGGGAACCGUGCUCUUCCGCCAGGUGCCUGCUGCGACGAGUGCCUGGAGCACCCUCGAGGUCCUGCAUGGGCUGGAGGGCCUCGUGGACUUCUCCUGGUCUCGGCCGUCGCCCGGCGAGGCUUCCCCGCCUGCGGCCCGGGACGUCCUCGCGCGCUUCGCGUCGCCGGCGCUGGCGGCGGCGGCGCGCCGCGCUGCCGCGCCGGCGCUCUGCGCCGCGGCCCCGGGCGUCGUGCCGGCGCUCCUGGAGCCCGCGGCCAGGCUCCGCGCCCUCGUCGGCCAGCCUGCGUUGCCCAGGGGUCGCGCGAGCGCGGACGAGGACGAGGUGACGCAGGCGGUGCUCGGCUGGGCAGGGUGCUCGGAGAAGAAGCUGGACGUGCAGGUCACCUACCUGCGCAGGGUGCACCACUUCUGCUUCUACUCCGCGCGCUGGUGCGAGGACGCCUGGGAUCUGGACCGCAACUGCGGGACCGUGUUCCUGCGCGGCGUCGCGGAGGAGGGGGAGAUGCCGGCGGAUGGCGGCUGGGAAGAGGCGCGCGAGCGGUCGAUCGCGCGCGUGAUCAGAGAGGCCCGGCUGGAGGAGGUCGAGCUGUGCGAGGCAGCGAAGCGGGAGGUGGUGCCUCUCUGCCAGCAGCAGACCCAGAAGGUCGCUGAGGGCAGGUACAGGUGCAGCCAGUGCCAGAAGCUGUUCCGCGGCCCCGAGUUCGUGGAGAAGCACCUGCGGAGGGCGCACGCGGAGCUCUUCGAGGAGGUCCUCCAGGGGGCCCGGGAGGAGGCGAUGUACCGGGCGUUCGUGAAGGGCGAGCGGCUGCUGGCGUGCUAG